AUGGAAACCCUAACUUUAGGGCUUAUCACAGGGUUUAUGGCCAUAUGCAGUCGCAUUCCACCACUGCCAUCACAAAUUUACAGUGCAGACCGCCUUCGGAAUUGGCUCCGGAAACGGUUCUCCUCUGGCAGCGUGCUCGAUAAACAACCUUGUUUAUUUUCAGAGAGCUGGAACGAUGACAUUAUUGUAGAUAUACUGUCGAGGUUUCCAGUGAAAUCCUUACUACGAUGUCCUUCUGUAUGCAAGUCAUGGCGUGCUCUAAUCUCUUCUUCUUAUUUCGUUAACAAGCACCUCAACCACGCGAUCAAUGGGAUCAACGACAGUACUAAUUGCUCAAUUAGGCUCCUGUUCUUAAACAACAAGCACUUCUUAGAUAGGUAUCAUCCGGAAUUUAUGUUGGUUAACUCAUUGAAGGAUUUUGUUGGUCACACUACAAGUAAAGAGCUUGACGUUCCUGGAGUACUGCAAGUUAUUGUGGGUUCUUGCAAUGGUUUGAUAUGCCUGAAAGCCAGCUGCAGCGGGGUUUUUCCGUGGAACCCUAGUACUGGAGAAGCCAGCAAGCUACCGAACCAAACUAUUAAUGCCGAUUGGAAUAACAUGUUUUAUGGAUUCGGCUAUGAAUCUAGAACUGAAGAUUACAAGGUCAUAUUGGGUGGUACAAAAACAAAGAAAAUAGAUAUCUUUAAACUAAAAGCUAAAGGGGGUUCAUGGAGGAACGCUGUAACUCUGGAAAAUUAUGGUAAGAUCUCUGGGUACGGAUGCUUAUCAAAUGGACUCUUACAUUGGGUAGAAAGAGGCGAUGAUUAUAAUCAGUAUUAUAGUUCAGCAUCAAGAAUUAUAUCAUUCAAUUUACUGAAUUUAGUAGAGGAUAAAUUUUUGGAGAUGGAACGUCUAUCCUUUUUGCUGGACAACAAAUAUUCCAACAUAGGAAUUGGCACCAAUAGAGAUGGCACCCAUGAAGUUAUUACAGAUCCUAUCUUGUUUACAAUAUGGAUGAUGCUGAAGGAAUAUGGGGUCAUGGAGUCUUGGAUCAAAGUACAAAUUCACAGAAGCUCUUUACCUCGAUCUUUAAAAGUUGGUGAUGUUGAUUAUACUGGACCGAUAAUUGUUUUACAGAAUGGUGAAGUUCUGCUGACUUGGAAAUCAGGGAAGUUAUCAUCCUUUAUAUUAUAG